UUCUUUGGCCUGCUCUUCGUUUGAGAGUCAUCUACUCAGUUUGAUUUCCCAAUUUGCAGGAAGAAGACCGACGCUGGGAUCAAAAAUACUAUAAUAUAAGAUAUUAAUAUUAUAUCAUAAAAAUCAUAUAUAAAAUCGUACAGAAUAGAUGCUCCAAACAAAGCUUCUAAUAUUUGAAAUUAUAAUAUAUUGUAGACUUAAACAUGUUCAACUUUAAGUUUGAGUACUCCUUCAUGUUCGAAUCCUCCGGAUGUGAGGGUAAAUUCCUAGGGAUGCCCUACGACGGGGAGUUCGAGGCAAUGUGGCAGCAGAUCGGCGAUGAACUCCGUUCCAGACAUAAUCGGUUCUUGGGCAUGCCGUUCGAUAGUGGAUUUGAACGGAUGUGGCGGCAGGUCAGAGAGGAACUGAAACGGGAUCGGGAAGAUAACAAACUCGCACUCUGUUUCCAGCGGAAUUUGAGAAUCUACGUAAAGGAGGAAGGGGAUGUCGGCCAACUUGAGUCUUUUUUUGAACGCAGAUAAAAUAUAUUCAAUUUUAUUGAAAGGCAUGUUAUUGUUUAAAGUACGUAUGCAUGUAUGUAGUAUGUCUAUUAAGUAUGCAUUGUAAAGAUUACGAUCGGUUUGGUUAAAAUAAUUUAUUGUUUUCGGAAUUGGUUUCAAUGUCGAAUAGGUCAAGCGGUUACUUGCCUUCGAUUGGAAAAAAGA